UUAAAUGGUGGCAGAUAUGUCCAAGGAAUGCUGCAGGGAUUUGAUCCCUAUAAGAAUCUUGUAAUAGAUAAAUGUGUGCAGAUGAUAACUAGCAGGCAACAGAACAAUACUGGAAUGGUGGUAAUAGGAGGGAACAGUAUAAUCAUAUUAGAAGUCUUGGAACGAGUAUAA